AAUAAUACUAAUACCAUGAUAUAUAGUUACAAAAGAAACCGAUGGAACCCAAUCUAAAAGUAAAAGUAUAACUGGUGUGUUGUUUUCGGGGGCCACCCUACUAAUGCUGCAUAAGGUCCCAAAAGUCCGUAUCGGCCAUCAUAUAGGAUGAACCCGAUAAACGCGGAUGAAACUUGCAAUAAAAUUAUAGUUGAUACGCGAACUCUAAGCUCGUCUACCGUUUUCCCCAUCUCCUUGCUCUAUAUCACCCUUGCUCAUUCUGCCCUUACCCAACUUCCAUCCCGUAAAAAUUUUUGCCGUACAUAUAUCUCGGGGAAACGCCCCAGGCAACCAUAUGGUGCGCCCUCUAUGAUAUUUUCACCCCUUUUAUUCAUAUAGCCAUAUAGCACUCCCCUUGUAUUCCUUUUUCCCACUCCUAGGGUGAACGAAAAAUAAACCUGCCAUAUUUCCAUAAUAACCCUCCGUGACACGACUGUCACGUAGACUGUUCCCCACCCCUUCAUACCAUAGGAUGCUUCCGAUAAAAACGGAUAAGGCUCCAACAGCUAUACGAUUCAAUAGGCUACAUUUUCAGCCAUCCGAUACUAUAACCCGCCCAACCCCACUCCUUACCCUUCUGCACGCUCCUGCAAUAGUGAAUCGCUUUUCUUCGCGUAAACCCCCCGAUAAACGAACUCCCACCACAACCACCUCCCUCCCCCCCACAAUUUAGGAUGUCGGGAAUAAAACCGGAUACAAACAGCGUAUGCAAGCGUACGUUGCGGCAGUCUAUUUCACCAUCUUUCACUUCUCCCUCCAUCUUCAUCUUACUCACUUUCCCCCAUUGCCCCUCCCUCCCCGCGACAACGCCAUGUUUCCCCCUGUAACUUCCAUUACCCAAACAUCAACCCCUAAUACUAAUAAUCCCAUGUAAGAUAGGAUGUUUAAGAUAUAGAUAGAUAAAAAUAUUCAACCACUCAGCGGCAUAGCAACGUAUACGGCCCCAUAUGCUCGGUUUACCCCAUUGUUCUCCAUGUAUGUGUCCAACCCAACCUUAUAAGUAUUAUGCCGACCCGCGCUACUCCUACUACUCUCCUCGACCAAUGCAUUCCAGACCACGACAGGCGACUGCAACAAACCAAGCGGAGUCGGACUCCUCCAUUUUUCCGAUGGCUCCUGCGAACCUGCCCCACGCAAUUCGAAUACGAAAGUCGACUAUCGAGUCAUGACCGACAAAAAGGCAGCUUUUAACUUCCCGGGAUACAUCUGUGGUAGAUGGAAAUCAAUUAAGCAUAUCACGAUCAAUUUCGUAGGACAAGUUAUUACCGUUCCGGAACGCAUCGCCAUGGAAACGACGGCGGUAGAGUGUGAUAUCAUGAGACAAUCGAGGCGAUGCAACGAGAGCCCAAUGAUGAAAUCAGAAAACAAAUGGAUAUUUAACCAAGAACCGGAGGACUUCGGUUAUUGGCUAAGAACCACCACUGUGGUUACAGUCAACUGUAUGUUAGAAGAAGUCGUCCUUUCCCGAAUUGACGAAGGAGACAUGAUAAACACGCCACUAGGAAAAACCAACGUAUCUCAUGGAUCUCUAUCCCAUAACCAUCUAACAUUAUUUUGGAUCGACACCUACGGAAAACCAACUGAUAUCGUAAUCCGACAAUUAGAGAAAGGCGUGGGAUUCUGGUACGAAUCUUCAACGAACGGGACUUGGAUCCUCCAAGACGACUCCAAACAGUUGGACUUUCACGUACGGUUGACGUCACGCUGCCAAACCGUGAAAUGCGACAAAAAAAUAGACAGUUGGACCGUGAUCGGAGACAACCAUUUGUUCAUCAUUAAAUACCCAUUGGGACCUUCCGCAGUUACCGUACCAUCCAUCAUCAAGGAUAUUGUGACAAAAAGAAAUGACCCUUUAGAUAUCAACAUCCGACAAAACGCAAGAAUCCAGUAUUUGGAGGACGCCGCCAUCCGUCACGAAAAUGAACUUAUCCGCGUCAUCCAGAGCAUGCAGUGUGACCAACGACGUGCUAAGCACGCACAAGCCGUGUCAACUGCCCAAUACAAUGGAUGGCUGGCAGCCGCACAGCUGGGUCUUCGGCAAUGCAUCAAACUGAUCGCCACCGGAAACAUCGUCUCAGCCCUACAAUGCACCCCUACAACAGUAAAUUUCACGACGGAUACAACCACUUGUGGACCUCAACCGCGGUUCAACAAUUUCACCAUUGGCCGGUCCGGUUGGGAACUCACUGCUUUUACGCCAUGCUACUGGGCUGGAGGUAUCGUGAAUUUUAACGACAAACCUCACGCCUAUCGCAAUAACACGUGGCAACCGGUCGAAGCAUCCGUCGUCAUCCCACAGCGUGAUUUGGCUGACGCUUUCCGAUAUCAAGACGUCAACUUCUUCGAAUAUCAACAUCAAACAAACCCCGCUUAUACGGAAGCCCUCAUUAGCCCAAUGGAUAUAAUGGCCGAUAUCACAGCCUCCAUGAACGAACAUUCCCUGACUGUCCCCAAUCAAAUUACAGGGACAUCGGCUAUCGUCGUAUCCGCAGCCGAGAAAGCAGGUCUCGGAACCUUUACCAAUUGGUUCGAGAAUUUUAAAGUCUACUCAUUCAUCAUACUGCUCAUCGCUAUUUUCCUACUGAUCGCUCGUGUUUGUUACGCCCUCGGAUUUUGUGGUUUGAUAUGGAAAUGUUGCUGUAAGCCCCCACGUCCUCCCCCUACGGCGGUUUACCAGCCGAGAAGCAGCCGACCCACAGGUCCCUGAAUUUUCUUUUGGAUUGCGGGACGCAAUCUAGUAUGACGGGGAGCGAUGUAACGAAACGCCAAGCGAAGCCCCUUCUUGCCCCUUUUAUUUUUGCUGAAUUAAACUAAGACCUUAUUUCUUAAA